AGAGAGAGAGAGAGAGAGAGAGGGGCGACGCUGCUAAUUUUAUUUUGGCUUAGAAUUGCCUGCGCCUUCGUUAGCUCCAGAAGUGUCGCUCUCUCCCUCCCUCUCCACUCUCUCCCUCUCUCACUCACGGUGAGGUCACGUGACAGGUCAAACCAAGAUGGCGGCUGGUGGCUUCCUGUUGACCUUACUACUCCUGUUGGUGGCCUCGGAAGGACUCGAGGCUACGGCAGCGGAAGACCGGGCGACGAAGGAAAUAUCGAACAAACUCCACGGGGGAGACUACGACAAAAUGAUACGGCCCCCAGGAACAGGUGGCACCACGGUCUCCCUGCAAGUGUACUUCCGAGACAUUGACAUCGAUGACAUCAAGAUGAAAGCCAACUUUGACAUCACGUUCAGAAUGCUUUGGAAUGACACUCGACUCGCCUACAAUGACAUGCCAGGUCUGGAGGGAGUGAGCUACGUGUCGCUUCUGGACCCGUAUCCUCUGUGGCUCCCCGACGCCUUCUUCAAAAACGCCAAAGUGACACAGUACUCCUCCAUCCACCCAGAACAGUACCUCAGAGUGUACCCCGACGGCCAUAUCGUUUUCAGUACCAGGAUCAAAUUACAGAACUCUUGUCCCAUGAACCUCCGUCGCUUCCCUCACGACACCCAAGUUUGUGACAUCAAGAUCGCCAGCUACGGCUACACCACCAAGGACAUCAAGCUUCUGCUGCCUAGAACGAAGGCAGUUACUUUCGGCUCUGACAUCCACGCCGACAGGUUCAAGUUCGAGAAGUCUUACGUCGACACCUGCAACUCCAUUACGUCCACGGGCGAGUACAGCUGCGUUCAAGUCAGCAUGAAGAUCCGUCGGCACUUCGGCAGUUACCUCAUCGAGUCCUACAUCCCCACCAUGUUCCUCGUCGUGGUCGCCUGGUUCAGCUUCCUCAUCCCCACCAAACAGUUCCUGGGCCGCAUCCUCCUCACCCUCAUUCCCCUCAUCGCCCUGGCAUCCUUCAGUUCGAAUUAUAAGAAGUCCUUGGCCUCGGUUCCUUAUGCCACCGCUAUGGACACCUUCAACGGGAUCUCUCUGUGUGUGAUCUUCCUGACUCUCGUGUACGUCAUUCUCUGCCACGUGUACGAUAACAAGAAGGAGGAAGGAGAGGAGAAGCCCGCCGCCAGCGCCGAGGACGGGGAGGUCGCGAAGGGCGGUGAGGCGGAGGGCGGCUGGAUGCGGCGCCUGGCCCGCCGCGCACGCAAGCGAGCCAACUACCUCUCCCGCGUGUUGCUGGUCAGCGGUUACUCCUUCUUCCUGUUUGUGUACUUCGUGGCCUUCUGCGGCACUGGCUAGUCAGGACACACACACACACACACACACACACACACACACACACACACACUUAUUCUUACAUAUCUAAUUACUUGCCUCUGAUUACAUUUUUUUUUUUUUUUUUUUUUUUUUUUUUUACUUCCCAUAGUAUAUGUUAGUUCCUCACUGAAUUACGUUGGUGUUGCCAGUAGUACCCUGUAAAGAUCAGAAUCACUCACUCAGAGGUAUACCUUUCCUUUUUUUAACUCUCUCCUCUCCUUUUCUGUGUGUUUCUUCCCUUUUACUUUCCCUUCGAGGCAUACCUACAUGAUCACAAGACAGGGGCGUCCGCAGGAUUUUUUAAAGGGGGGCAGAACCAAUAUAUUUAACUUCUUAUACACAUGUCCAUCAAGUUUCGUACUCUCCUUGGUGAACAACAAAUCAGUGGCACACGCAGUUACCCAAUACCUGCAGCACUAUGGUCUGUUCACUUAAGUCUGCCCCAAGCUGACAACUUAAACCUAUAGUAAAACCAAAAUGUCGAGUCCGUUUUAGCGUUGGCUCCCACGGGUCCAUUUCUCCCCUCUGCUCUGCCACACAGUCCCAACACCUAUUUUUUCCUCUCAUAUGUUACCUAUAGCUUACAUAUGAGAGGAAGAGAUAGGUGUUGGGGCUUUGUGGCAGAGCAGAGGGGAGGAAAGGACCCGCGGGAGCCUACGCCAGACCGGCCUCGACAUAUUUGGAAGACUAUAAGAAUGUUCGUAAGUACAGUGCAGAUUAGCGGAAAGUGCUGCGUGAGAUAAACACAAACAGAGGUUAAAGAAAACUUGGAAGCCAUAGCAGUACCCAAUCAGCACUCAGCUUUCAAACAGGCUUAGGUUUAUGUUGUCAGCUUGGGUCGGACUUAAGUGAACAGACUUUAGUUGUCCUAAGGUUUUUGAAAUAUAGUAAUUCUGUUGUAACUUGUAACUUUCUGGUAUCAGGACACCUCUCCUCCCGAAAGUGACCUCUCUUUCGGCCACCUCUUUUGAUUCUUUUUAUAGGAGCAGCGAGUAGCGGGCUUUUUUUUUAUUAUUGUUUCCUUUUUUGUGUGCCCUUGAGCUGUCUCCUUUGUUGUAAAAAAAACAAAUACCGAGUGUGAACGGAUAUAUUUUCAAGGGGGGAGGGGUCUACUGGCUCCCCGCCCCCACCCCCACCCCCACCCUGCAGACGCCCAUGUCACAAACACAGUAUGGGCAGCUGAAGGUUACUGUAGCGCUAGAUCCCGUAGUGGUUAAGUUACUACAAAAUUGUUUCUUUGUGUGUGUUUGCUGUUGACCUUUAGUGUAGCGUGUUUACACGUGUCUUGUAGGUUGGUUAAGUUUAUUUCAGCGAAGGUGUCUCGUACCUGGGCUUAGUUGUAACCCACUGUACGAGGUGUUUGUGUCGCCUGGAAGCAGAAAGAUAUAAAUAAAGUUUGCGUGUGUC